CAGCGGGGUGCGUUUAGAGAGCGACGGCGGGGAAGAUGCGCUUGCUCGCCUCUUGCUGGACGCACAGAGGCGAUGAAGAUGAUAUGACUUUGGAGUCUGAGAAAAAAGCGAGUUUUUCAUUCUCCCAUCCUCUUCUCACUAUUUAUUUUUUUGCUCUUUUAGUUAUUUUAAUUUUGUAAAAAAUUGUCUUCUUUUUUUUUCCCACCUUCAAGAAAUGACCCGCUCAGUCAGUGUUCCAUUAUAGGAAAUCGGAGAUUUUGACUUUCAGGAAAGAAAUAAAGAAAUAAAAGAUUUAGUUUGCAACAAAUUUAAGGAAUUAUUUUUAGCAUCACGAGUCGCCUUCACCCCGCUCUGACUCAGCAGCAGCACAUACACCUGGGCUUCACCCCUCCAGCAUCCUUCUGAAGAACAGGAAGAAGCAGAAAGACGCGGAGCAGGAGGAGAGUCAGUGCGCAGCUCUCCCCAAGACAAUCACAGAGGCUCGUUUGUCCAAGCGCAAGAAAAAGAAAAUCAGUGUCGCGAAAAAAAAAGUAGGAAGGAGAUUUGCAAAGUAGAGACUCGGACCGGAUUGCUUUUAGACAGAGGCAAAUGUUUAACCUUAUCCCAAGCGCACAGAAGAGAAACCCAGGGAGGCACCGGUCGGAGGAAGAAGAGAAAGCAUAGCUUGGGGGGAUUGAACGGAGCAGGGCAUGUGGAUAUUGGCUUUUAUCUCUUUCCAGAGCAUCUUGAAUGUUUUCAGUGAAGAUCUACAUUCCAGUCUAUACUUUGUCAAUGCAUCUCUGCAAGAGGUAGUAUUUGCCAGCACCACAGGGACCUCGGUUCCCUGUCCUGCUGGUGGCGCGCUGCCGGCUUCGCUGCGGUGGUAUUUGGCUACCGGCGAGGAGAUCUACGAUGUCCCGGGCAUCCGGCACGUCCACCCAAAUGGAACCCUCCAAAUCUUCAACUUCCUGCCAUCCAGCUUCAGCAAGCUGAUCCACGAUAACACAUACUACUGCACUGCCGAGAACCCUUCUGGCAAGAUCAGGAGUCAGGAUGUCCACAUCAAAGCUGUUUCACGUGAACCCUACACAGUCAGAGUGGCCGACCAGAAGGCUAUGAGAGGCAGUGUAGCUGUCUUCAAGUGCAUUAUUCCUGCUUCUGUGGAGGCCUACGUUUCAGUUGUAUCAUGGGAGAAAGACACCGUUUCACUCAGCUCAGGACAAAGAUAUCUCAUCACAUCCACGGGAGCCUUGUAUAUUUUGGACGUCCUUCCUGAGGAUGGCCUGAAUAACUAUCGCUGCACAACUCGUCAUCGCUACACCGGGGAGACUCGCCAGAGUAACAGUGCACGUCUCAUCGUGUCAGACCCCACCAAUGCUGAGCCAGCCAUCUUAGAUGGCUUCGACCGCAGGGAGGUGAUGAUUAAUCACCGGGUGGAGCUGCCCUGCAAGGCAUCGGGCUACCCAACGCCCAAAUACCGCUGGCUGAAGGACAACAGCCCUCUGGAGCCGGACAGUCGCUUCCGCCAGACCAUCUCGGGCUUGCUGAUAGAGACUGCACAGCCCAUCGACUCGGGAACGUAUGUCUGCGAAGUGUGGAACAAUUAUGGCAAUGCCGAGGUCAUGGGACGCCUGUAUGUCAAACAGCCCUUAAAAGUGGUGGUCAGCCCUCGAAAGGUGAAGGGCAGCGUGGGUAGCAAGGUGUCCCUGUCGUGUAGCGUGAGCGGCUCCGAUGAGUACGAGCUCUCGUGGUAUCGCAACGGAGAGAUCAUCUAUCCUGGCAACAAUGUCCGCUUCACUGGGCUUAACCGGGAGAACCUCAUCAUGGAGGGAAUGUCCAAAAGCGACGGUGGAGCCUACCAGUGCUUCGCCAGGAAGGGCAAGAUGUCUGCACAGGACUUUGUGCAGGUUAUCCUUGAAGAUGGUACUCCGAAGAUCCUGUCCUCCUUCAGCGAGAAAGUGGUGAACCCCAACGAGCCCGUCUUCCUGGUGUGUAACGUCAAGGGCACGCCGCCUCCCAGGUGCACCUGGUCGCUGGACGACGACCCCGUCAUCAAGGACAGCCACCACCACCUGGGCCACUACGAGACCCACGAGGGCCACGUGGUCAGCCAGCUCAACGUCACACACACCCAGGUGCAGGACGGCGGGGUGUAUCGGUGCACGUGCAGCAACUCGGCCGGGGUCGUGUACCACCAGGCUCGAAUAAACGUAAGAGGCCGCGCCAGCAUCCGUCCAAUGAAAAACAUCACGGCCAUUGCUGGAAGAGAUGCCUUCGUUCACUGUCGUGUGAUUGGCUACCCCUACUACUCCAUAAAGUGGUACAAGAACUCGGCGCUGCUACCGUUCAACCACAGGCAGCGAGCGUUUGAGAACAAUGGUACACUGAAGCUGAGCAACGUGCAGCAGGUGGAUGCCGGCGAGUACAACUGCAAGGUGAUGGUGCAGCCCAACAAGAUGGACUCUCAGAGUGUCCACGUUCGUGUAAGAGUCCCGCCCUACAUUCAGCCCUUUGAGUUUCAGCGUUUCACCAUCGGUCAGAGGGUCUUCAUACCCUGCGUGGUGAUGUCAGGAGACCGGCCGCUGGACAUCACAUGGCAGAAAGAUGGACGGCCUAUCCCUGCCAGCCUGGGUGUGACUGUUGACAACAUUGACUUCACCAGCUCACUGAGAAUCAACAACCUGACACCUGACCACAACGGCAACUACACCUGCAUUGCCCGUAAUGAAGCUGCUGCUGUGGAGCACCAGAGUCAGCUCAUUGUUAGAGUUCCUCCUCAGUUUGUGGUUCAGCCCGAGGAUCAAGAUGGGAUUUAUGGCAAAACUGUGACUCUCAACUGCUCUGCUGAAGGUUAUCCACCACCCACCAUUGUCUGGGAACACUCCAAAGGUGCGGGCGUCCCCCAGUUUCAGCCCAUCCCUCUGAACAGCGGCUCUCGCGUCCAGCUGCUGAGCAACGGCUCGCUGCUUAUCAAGCACGUGUUGGAGGACGACAACGGCUUCUACCUGUGUAAGGUCAGCAACGACGUUGGAGCGGACGUCAGCAAGUCCAUGUACCUCACCGUCAAAAUCCCGGCCAUGAUCACCUCAUACCCAAACACCACUCUGGCCACGCAGGGCGAGGAAAAGAGGAUGAGCUGCAUAGCUCAUGGGGAGAAGCCCAUCAUGGUGCGCUGGGAGAAAGAGGAGCGCAUAAUCAACCCUGAGACCAGCCGAUAUGUGGUCACUGUCAAAGAGGUGGCUGAUGAAGUCAUCUCCACCCUUGUGAUUAUGCCAACUGUUCGUGAGGAUUCAGGAUUCUUCUCCUGUCACGCCAUCAACUCCUUUGGGGAGGACAGGGGCAUCAUACAGCUGACAGUGCAAGAACCGCCCGAUCCUCCAGAGGUGGAGAUCCGUGAGGUGAAAGAUCGAACCAUAGCUCUCCGCUGGACCAUGGGUUUUGAUGGAAACAGUCCCAUCACAGGCUAUGAUAUAGAGUGCAAGAACAAAUCAGCUUCAUGGUUAUCAGCCCAGGUAACCAAAGAUGUGUCACCACAACUGAACCAGGCCACUAUUAUUGACCUCCACCCUUCCUCCACCUACAACAUUCGCAUGGUUGCCAAGAACAUUAUUGGCAACAGCAAUCCCAGCAAUGAGCUCACUAUCACUACUGAUGAAGCAGCUCCCGACGGCCCUCCACAAGAUGUCCUUCUGGAGCCCACUUCCCCACAAAGCAUCAAAGUUUCCUGGAAGCCUCCCCUGAAGCACCUGCAGAACGGCGUAAUCCGUGGUUACCAGGUGGGCUUCAGGGAGUACAGCCCUGGUGGAAGCCAUCAGUUCACCAUCAUCAGCGUGGAUACAACGGGAGACACCACGGAGAGCAUCGUUUUGGACAACCUGAAGAAGUUCACCCAGUACAGCGUGGUGGUUCAGGCUGCAAACAGAGCUGGAACUGGGCCUUCGUCACAGCAGGUGGUCACCAAGACCCUGGAGGAUGUGCCAUCUCGGCCCCCUGAAAAUGUCCUGGCAGUGGCCAAAUCACCAGAGGUCAUUUCACUGUCUUGGAUGCCCCUGCCCAGAGAGGCUCUCAAUGGAAACUUACAGGGCUACAGAGUCAUCUACUGGGCCAACCUACCUGAUGGAGAACUGGGUGAAAUUAGAAAUGUGACAACCAUCCAGCCAUCUCUGGAGCUGGAUGGUUUGGAGAAGUACACCAACUACAGCAUUCAGGUCUUAGCCUUCACAAAUGCUGGAGAUGGCGUCCGCAGCGAACAGAUCUACGUUCGCACUAAAGAGGAUGUCCCUGGUCCCCCAGCAGGAGUGAAGGCCGCGGCCUCCAGCAGCUCUGCUGUGUUCGUCUCCUGGCUCCCUCCACUGAAGCUCAAUGGCAUCAUCAGGAAAUACAUCGUCUUCUGCUCUAACCUGCACCCCAUGGUAAUAGUGAUGAGCGAGUUCGAGGCGUCUCCAGAUGCAUAUUUCUACAGGAUCCCAAACCUGGCUCGAAACAGACAGUACAGUAUCUGGGUGGUGGCUGUGACGGCUGCAGGUCACGGCAACAACAGCGAAAAGAUCACGGUGGAGCCUCUGGCCAAAGCACCAGCUAGGAUCCUGACAUUCAAUGGGACCGUCACCACUCCUUGGAUGAAGGACAUUGUUUUACCAUGCAAAGCUGUUGGCGACCCUCCUCCCACCAUCAAGUGGCUCAAGGGAAACACCAAUGGAACACCUACACCAGUUGCAGUGGAUGGUCGUCGUAGUGUCCAUGGUAACGGCAGCUUCAUCAUACGUACAGUGAAAGCAGAGGAUUCUGGGAAUUACAGCUGUGUGGCAAGCAACAACUGGGGGGCAGAUGAGAUCACACUCAACCUGCAGGUCCAAGUCCCGCCUGACCAGCCACGACUCACAGUUACCAAGACUACCACCACAUCAAUCACAUUGUCAUGGAUACCUGGAGAUAACGGAGGGAGCUCCAUCAGAGGUUACAUCCUGCAGUACUCCGAGGACAACAGUGAGCAGUGGGGCAGUUUUCCCAUCAGCCCCAGUGAGCGUUCAUACCGCCUGGAGAAUCUCAAGUGUGGCACAUGGUACAAGUUCACCCUGACGGCCCAAAAUGCAGUGGGACCAGGACGCAUCAGUGAGAUCAUCGAAGCCAAGACUCAUGGGAAAGAACCCCAAUUUGCCAAAGAACAUGAACUCUUCACCAGCAUCAACUCCACGAGAGCCCGGCUCAACCUGGCUGGCUGGAACAACGGCGGCUGCCCCAUCACCUCCUUCAUACUGGAGUACCGGGCGGUGGACUCAGCCACCUGGACCACAGCCCAGCGCACGUCUCUUACCAAGAGCUACAUCCUGUAUGAUUUGCAAGAGGCAACCUGGUACGAACUGCAGAUGAAGGUCACAAACAGCGCCGGAUCAGCAGAAAAGAAGGUCACCUUUGCUACGCUCAACGGAGACGGAAGUACCAUCCCUCCCUUGCUGAAAACCGGUGAUCCCAUCACGGACGACAAGAUCGGCAGCAGCGGUCUGAAGAUGGUGGUGACCAUCACCUCCAUUCUCGUGGUAGCUGUGCUGGUUUUCAUUAUGCUAAUGGUGCUUAAGAGGAGACGGAGAGAGCAGAGGCUCAAAAGACUCAGAGAUGCCAAAAGCCUGGCAGAAAUGCUGAUGAGUAAGAACACACGGACGCCAGACACAGUGAACAAGCAGCAGCAGACGUUAAGAAUGCACAUCGACAUCCCCAGAGCGCAGCUCCUGAUCGAGGAGAGGGACACCAUGGAGACAAUCGAUGACAGAUCCACUGUGCUGUUGACAGACAAUGACUUUGGAGAGACCAAUAAGCAGAAGUCUUCCACAGUGACGCACACAGUCCACUACCAGUCUCUGUCCCAGGCCACGGGCCCACUGGUGGACGUGUCUGACGCCAGACCCGGAACCAGUGAGUCCCACCACCAUCCCACUGCCAGACGCACUGCCAAAGCUGGUCCUGCCGCAGCACGGAGCCGCUACGCCAGCCAGUGGACUCUGAACCGGCCGCAUCCCACCAGCUCCUCACACACCCUCACCACCGACUGGAGACUCCCCACCCCCCGCGCCACGGGAUCUGUGGACAAAGAGAGCGACAGCUACAGCGUCAGCCCCUCACAGGAUACAGAUCGUGCGCGGAGCAGCAUGGUGUCUACAGAGAGCGCAUCUUCCACCUACGAGGAGCUGGCCCGAGCGUACGAGCACGCCAAGAUGGAGGAGCAGCUUCGCCACGCCAAGUUCACCAUCACAGAGUGCUUCAUCUCCGACACCUCGUCUGAACAGAUGACCGCAGGGACCAACGACUACACCGACAGCCUGACCUCCAGCACGCCGUCCGAGUCGGGCAUCUGCCGCUUCACUGCUUCCCCUCCCAAACCUCAGGAUGUCAGCAGGGUCAUGAACAUGGCCGCGCCCAAGGCGCACAGACCUGGAGGAGAGUUGGUCCACCUGCCACCCUACCUCCGUAUGGACUUCCUCUUGAACCGCGGCGUGCCUCUGCCAGCCCGAUCAGGCGGGGUCAGCAGUAGUAGUGGCAGCAGCAGCAGCGGAGGUGCAGGAGCUGCAGCAGCAGGUGGAGGUGGUGGAGGUGGAGGAGGAGGUGGAGGUGCUACAGGAGAAACAAGAGGAGGUGGAGGAGCCAUGGGCCAGGCCUGCCUUGAACCCCAGAGAAGCCGUACGCUGAAGAGGCCACCUCCCAUGGAGCCCACCCCCAUGGAAGUGCCCUCUCCCAGGGAGGUGCAGCAGUGGCAGCCAGGAACUGCCUCCACCCUCCCUCACAGAGAUGUCCGGGAGAGGGGAGAGGCCCGGGGGGAGGCCCGGGGAGAGGUCCGGGGAGAGGCCUCGGGAGAUCUAGCCCAAGCACAGGCUGCCAAGCUCAGCACCUCCCAGGAGUCCCUGCUGGACUCCAGAGGACACCUGAAACAGAGCAACAACCCUUAUGCCAAGUCUUACACUCUGGUAUAACACUGGGACACACCGGACUGUUUCAGACUACAGGACUACUGCAGACACAAGGGAAGAGGCGGGACAGGAGACAGACAACAGGCACAGGAUGGAUAGUUUUCCACAACAGAAAUUGUUGUAUAUAGAGCCGUUUCUGACAUGCGUCUGAAGUGGAUGCUUUUCUUUGAGUCUGUCUUUCUUUCUUUUAGUCUUUUCUUUCUUUUCUCUCUCGCUCUUCUCUGUUGCUUUUCAUUCUCUCACACCUCGCUCCUCUUCUGAUGAAUUUUCUCUCACAGUUUUUAUUUUCUACUUGAGUAUUCUUUUAUUCUAAAGUGACAACUAUGAGGAUUGCCAAAAUGAUUUAUUUAAAAUUAGAGAAAGAGACAAAAUACUAUUGAAUUUAUAUCAAGGACAAUUAUAGUCAUUAUAAUUACUAUUAUUAUUGUAUAAAAACAGAAAAUAUCUAAAAAAUAAGACGGGCGAGUGGGGAGGACUCUGGACCACUCUGAGGGAGAAUAUUGCUUUCUUAAUUUAUUUUGAUUUUGUUGUCGCCGUGUGAUGAAAUCUGUGAUUGGGAAACAGAGGGAGAUUUUAACACAACGAAGGGCCAACAGAAGAGUGAAAUGAAGACUGACGCCGGACGCAACCGCCAGUGCUGACCAAUCGUAAUGUUGUUCAACCUUUCUGACAACUGCAUGGCGACUGAUCAGAUGACAAUAGAAAUGGCUGGAAAUCCAAAAAAAAAAAAAAAAGAGAAUUUUUUUGUCACACUAAGAAAUUAUACAAUGUGAAUAUAUAUAAAGAGAUCACUUUUAUUUGUGGAUAUUAUGGGGAAAUUGAUUUGGUUAAUAAAGUCCUUAGUCAUGUUUGCACACAUCUGAGUUUUGACUUUUAUAGUUUCACAGAGACCAACAUCCCUCUCUUUUAUUGUCGUUUUUUCAUGUCCUGUUCUUUCUUUUCUAUCAUCUUUUAUCAGCUUUUCCUUUAAGUAUUUGAAGAUUUAAUGUUUGUGUAUCAUUUGAUCACCUGUCCUGCACUAUUUGUCUCUUAAACAUCGAUAUAAGGUCCAGCAAUUACAAGAAUCCUGCACCUUGGUAUCCAAUGAAUGCCAAUUUUUUAAUCUCAAAUUUGAGGAAAUGGUUUGCCUUAUCAGGUUACCAGAGGUGACCAAUCACAGUAGGAAGUGCUUUAUGAAGAGGGAAGGAGCCUCCUUGACUUCUGUUUUACAGAAAAUCUAUGCCCGUGCACUGUGCUCAACAUUUCAUGGAGUGUGUAUUUUAUCCUUCGCUUUCUGUUGAGACCUGACAUUCACUGAAAAGCAGUAGGUGUGAUUUCCAGUAUUUCAAGGGGUCCUGAUAAUUAUCUGAGUUAUUUGCCAGGAAGGAAGAUCUCAGAACUACAAUCUAAUAAUUGUAAAUCUUAUUCUACUAUGUAAUGUGUCUGUUUUUUUGGCUCAUGUCCCUUAAAAAGGCAAGAAAGAAAGGUACCAAUGCAACAAAUGUAUACACUGUGCAUCUUCGUCAGACUCCGGCCCAUUUGUUAAGUCCUGGGACUUUGAGGGAUUCAGGUAGUAUCUUGCCUUAUUUUGGGACAGCAGUCUUCUGGACAAAGUCAGAAACUUUUUGAAUCUUACCAAAUUAUGUAAGUUAGACUCACAAUUAAUUUCUAUUCUCGCUUCUUCAGUAUUUGGUAGUUACACUUUUCCUUUAAUAUUGAAUAUUCAAGUCAAAGUUUUUUCAUAAUUUGAAUAUACGAAGCUCAACAAUGACAAGUCAGUUUUAGUUCAGUUUUGUUUUGUUCAUUUAUUGGAAAUAAAAAGAAGGAUAUUGUGUUUAAAUAUGGCAGCAGAUCUUAAAGCCUUGCACACCUCUCCAUUGGAAGUCUUCUCCUUUCAACAACCCCCAUUUCACAGCUACAGAAAAAUACUUUUGACCUCUUAGUGAUUCUCAGACUUACACCAUCACCUGCGACCUCAGGUGUGCCUUUCCUGAGCAUCUGUGGGAUUCAGUCUGCAUACAAAUAAUGGUUACACAUGGAUAAAAUGUGUUGGUGCCCUUCAAGUAUAAAAGAAAAAGUCACAACGGUCACUGAAAUAACUUGACACACACA